CGGCUUGGGGCUGAGGCCGGAGGCCUGUUUGCUAGCACAGGUGAACCUCCACAACGGCCUGAUUUUGCAAGUGAUGGGCUCGGAGAACAGCACUUUAAAGAACAACAAACUAGAAAAACAGCCAUUUACCUUACCAAGUGGACUCAGAAUUUACCCAGCUGUGCUGCAGGAUGGCAAGCUUGCCUCAGUCUUUGUGUAUGAAAGAGAAAAUGAAGACAAGGUUAAUAAAGCUGCCAAGCACCUGAAAACCUUGCGCCACCCUUGCCUUCUACGCUUCCUCUCUUGCACUGUGGAAACAGAUGGAAUACACCUGGUGACAGAGAGGGUAAAACCUUUGGAGGUAGUUCUGAAGAUACUCUCCUCUGCCGAGAUCUGCGCAGGGAUUUAUGACAUAUUGCUGGCUCUUGUCUUCCUCCAUGAAAGGGGAAACCUAACGCAUAACAAUGUCUGUUUAUCAUCCGUGUUUGUAAGUGAGGAUGGGCACUGGAAACUAGGAGGAAUGGAAACAGUAUGUAACCUUAAUGAAGCUACUCCAGAGUUCCUGUGUGAUAUCAAAUCAGUGAGAGACCAGGCAGGCAUCCCUCCUGAAGAGAUGUCUGCAGAUUUCUGCAUUCUUUCUGAAAGCCAUGGACAUGCCCGAGAUGCCUAUUCCUUUGGAACAAUGAUUGAAAAUCUGCUGACAAUCUUGAAUGAUCAGGUUUCAGCAGAUAUUCUCUCAAGUUUUCAACAAACCUUGCACUGCACACUGCUGAAUCCAGAUCCAAAGUGCCGUCCACCCCUGUCCAGCUUGCUGUCUCAUGAGUUCUUCAGGAAUGAUUUCCUAGAAGUUGUGAACUUUCUGAAAAGUUUAACAGUAAAGACAGAAGAGGAGAAAACUGAAUUUUUCAAAUUCCUGCUGGAUAGAGUGGCCUGCUUGUCAGAAGAGCUGAUAGCUUCGCGGCUGGUGCCUCUUUUACUCAAUCAGCUUGUGUUUGCUGAGCCUGUAGCUGUCAAGAGUUUCCUUCCUCAUCUGCUAGGUCCAAAGAAAGAUAAUAUUGGAGACUGCCACACAAGCUAUCUGCUCUCACCAGCCCUGUUCCAGACUCAUGUCAUCCCUGUGCUGCUGAAGCUGUUUGAGGUUCACGAGGAGCAUGUUCGAAUGGUGUUGCUGUCUCACAUCGAUACCUAUGCAGAAUUGUUCACACGGGAUGAAUUGAAAAACAUCAUAUUGCCACAGGUUUUACUGGGCCUUCGAGAUUCUAGUGAUAACAUUGUGGCAAUAACAUUGCACAGCUUAGCAGUCCUGGUCUCUCUGCUUGGACCUGAGGUGGUUGUAGGUGGCGAAAGAAGCAAGAUUUUCAAGCGCUCUGUACCAAGUUUCACUAAAACUACGGACCUUUCCCCAGAUGACUCCCCAGUUCGCAUUUUGAGCAAUCAAAAAAAUCAGCUGUCCCAGCCCCUACAGAAGAACUCUUCCAGUGUGUAUCCUAAGUGCCCCAUCUCUGAGAACGUGCCCAUCGGCAGCAAGAAAUAUCCAUCAAGAUCAGACACUCAUGUGGCCCUAAAGAUGAGCAAGCAAGACCCUCUGCUGUCCCUGAAUGGAUUGCCUGAGGGAAUUAAUGCUUUGGGGAACAGCAGAAGCAUUUUGAGUACUUCUGAAAAGCUGCCAGAGGAGUGGCCAGACUGGAGCGAGUCUGAGGACACAGAGACUGACAAAACUGUGAACAUACAGAUCCAAACAAGAGAACCGUGCAGCAGUGCUGGCCCCUACUUUGCUGAACAUAAUGCAGAUGAGGAACCCUGGGAUGACUUUGAACCCAGCAGCCCCAAACCUGAACUGUCCUCAGGGAACAGCCUCGAUGUGACACCUGAUGCAGUUACAGGGCACAGACUGUUUCCUCCUAUCCUCCAACUGAGCAAAGAAUCCAGAAGCCUCAAACUGAGUCCUCCCUUGAAGUCCACCCCUGUGAACAGCUGGAGCAAUGACAACUGGGAGCACCCAGACCAGCUGGGAAAAACUACUGAGUUGCCAAAAACACUUCAGGAGAGGCCAAAGUCUGCAGUGGAAACUGGUUUAGGAGAAGAGUUCACUAUCCAAGUAAAGAGGAAACCAGUGCGAGACCCUGAGUUGGACUGGUUUGCUGACAUGAUCCCAGACAUUAAACCAUCUUCAGCACUCUUGCUUUUACCUGAACUGAGGACAGAAUCAAUUGGUCCCAGUCACAUAGAUACAGAUUCCAACAGUGAAGUCUCCCAGAUCAUGCCAUUCUCAUCCAAAUUUGCAGCAAUUGAAGUUACUGAGGCUGAUGCUGCAGGCUGGGAUGAAGAGGAAGAGCUGAACUGGGAGGAUGACACUAACUGGUGAAGGACAGGUGGAGGCAAGAGCUUUCUGUGACUUAUCAGAUUCUCCAGGAAGAGUCACUGCUUCCAGACUAUUAUGGAUCAAUACCUCACCACCACUACCAGGAAGAGGCACUUGCUCCAGCACUCAGUAAGACCCCAGUGCAGCCUAACUGCCUGCAACAGGAUGCUCUUUCUUCCAGCCUGUGCCAAAAUAGUGAGGUUAAGGCCUGUGCUCAAGCCAUAUGUACAAGGAAGGUGCAUAGCACUGCUGUGGGAAGAACAGUGUCAAGGGUCUGUGUAAUGGUACCAACACACUACUGGAGGAGGAGAGGGAAUUUAUCCUUAUGUUCCAGGAAUCAUCAGUGCUUUGGAAAACUCUUGAAAAUAAAUGAAAAUUGAAUUAAUUGA